AUGUGCGAAUCCCACACGAUCUUCCAUCUCUGUGGUCACGUCAACAUCAAGACCAUCGUCCAAUGCGCUGACAUCAUAGACAAAUUGCUGGUUUCGGGGACAUCCAUCGCAUCCAACCACCAAGUAUGCCAAGACGACGUCAGCGACAACGUCCAUGUCUUUCCGGGCAUUUGUACCAGGUGCAUGGCUACCGGCGUCAUCGGCGACGUGAUGGACGUACCGGGCGUGAAGCUCGAGGUGAUGAAGGCAUGGGAGUCGCAAAGGAAGCGGAUGUCGGCGACCGGUAGCAACAAAAACAUCGACACUGUCGACACGGGAGACGGUGAGGCCGACAAGAUCAGAGAAUGCGAAACCCUCGAAAGGAUCUCGCUCCCGGACAAUGUGAGCACUUCGGCCGUGGACCGUGCAGGGGCUUUUAGUUCCUCGACUCCAGCGACAAGCAGUGUCUCGAGUUCGACGUGCCGUGAGCCAAGCCCAGCGUCGACGCCAGACUUGAGCCAGAUCAAGGCCCGAGUGAUGGCAUUGAGGGCCCGAGCUGAACGGCUUGUUAUGAAGAUUCGCGCCCACAAUCUCCCCAAGUUGGGCUAA